GUUGGACUGGUUCAAUAAAGACAGCAGAGGAGGAAAUACUUUUAAAAAUUUAUCAAUCACACACAAAUUGUGAGGAACAGACGGAAGAUGAAGUCUCUACAGUGUUUUAAAGAUCUUACCUGGUUAUGAGUUUGGCAGCCUCGACAAUGAGUGACGAGAUGGAGGAUGGAGUUUUUACCUCCAAAGCAGCUCUGUUUGGGCAAAAUGACACCCAGACCAGAGCCAACAGCCAAGAGAACCAGGAGAGACCAGAUUCUCCUGCACCCAGCUGUUUGUCCAUGAAAAGCGAUGCAUCUAAACGUCUUUCGAAUGAAUUUAAGGAUGGACGCAACUCUGAUCAGCAGAUCCAAAAGAACCAGGAGAGACCAGAUUCCCCUGCACCCAGCUGUUUGUCCAUGAAAAGUGAUGCAUCUAAACGUCAACCGAUUGAAUUCAAGGGUGGAGGCGACUCUGAUCAGCAGAUUCAGGAGAACCAGGAGAGACUAGAUUCUCCUGCACCCAGCGGCGUCUCCAUGAAAAGCGACGCAUCCAAACGUCGACCGAUUGAAUUCAAGGCUGGAGGCGACUCUGAUCAGCAGAUUUUUGCUCACAGUCCUCCCCACACUGACCAGAAGAGCUCAGAGGUUUUCAGUGAUCGACAUCAGGCACAUCUGGACUCCGUUUUCAUGGUGCUUGAGGAGGCAAUUAUUACUUUCAUGAAGAGUGAACUGAAGAAAUUCAAGAAAAUCCUGAGUCCAGAAUCUUGCGGAGGUUCAGAGACGCUGAGAGAGGACGAUGAUGGCGAAGAAGAGCGGACAAGCAGCAGCAGAGAUGCACUUCUGAAAAUCACACUGAACUUCCUGAGGAAACAGAAGCAUGAGCAGCUGGCUGAGUCUCUGCAGAGCAAAUCUUUUGCUGCAAUUUGCCAACAUAAAUUAAAAUCUACUAUAAGGAAAAAGUUCCAGUGUUUGUUUGAGGGUCUUGCCCAAGCAGGGAACCCAACUCUUCUGAACCAGAUCUAUACCGAGCUGCACGUCACCAAGGGGGACAGUAGAGAAGUCAACGAUCAACACGAGGUCCGACAGAUCGAAGCAGCAUCCUGGAAACCACAAAGUCCAGAAACCACCAUCAGAUGCGAGGAUAUUUUUAAACCUUUACCUGGAAGAGAUGAACCAGUCAGAACAUUGGUGACAAAGGGAGUGGCUGGCAUCGGGAAAACAGUCUUAACACGGAAGUUCACUUUGGACUGGGCUGAGGAAAAAGCCAACCACAACAUACAGUUUAUCUUCCCAUUCACCUUCCGCGAGCUCAAUCUGCUGAACGCUAAGAACUACAGUUUGGUGGAGCUUCUACAUCACAUGUUUACUGACAUCAAAGAAGCAGGAAUCUGCAGCUUCAAGGACUUCCAGGUUGUGUUCAUCUUUGACGGUCUGGAUGAGUGUCGUCUUCCUCUGGACUUCCACAACAAUGAGAUCCUGUAUGAUGUCACAGAGUCCACCUCAGUGGAUGUGCUGCUGACAAACCUGAUCAGGGGGAAGCUGCUUCCCUCUGCUCGCCUCUGGAUAACCACACGCCCUGCAGCAGCCAAUCAGAUCCCUCCUGAGUGUGUGGACAUGGUGACGGAGGUCAGAGGGUUCACCGACCCACAGAAGGAGGAGUACUUCAGGAAGAGAUCCAGAGAUGAGGAGCAGACCAGCAGGAUCAUCUCCCACAUCAAGACAUCCCGAAGCCUCCACAUCAUGUGCCACAUUCCAGUGUUCUGCUGGAUCACUGCUACAGUUCUAGACCACAUGUUGAGGAUCAAAGAGAAAGCAGAGCUGCCCCACAACCUGACUGAGAUGUACAUCCACUUUCUGCUGGUUCAGACCAAACAGGGUAAUGUCAAGUACCUUGGAAAAGCUGAGACGGAUUCAGUGUGGAACACAGAAACCAAGAAGAUCAUUCUUGCCAUGGGAAAACUGGCUUUUGAGCAGCUAGAGAAAGGACACCUGAUCUUCUAUGAAGCAGAUCUGAAAGAGUGUGGCCUUGACAUAAAAGCUGCAUCAGUCUACUCAGGACUAUUCACAGAGAUCUUCAGCGAGGAGCAAGGGUUGAACCAGGAGAGGGUGUUUUGUUUUGUCCAUCUGAGUAUUCAGGAGUUUCUGGCUGCACUUUAUGUCUUCCUGAUGUUCAUCAACAGUGGUGUCGACCUGCUGACGAAAAGAAGGUUGUCACAUGCAACUAGAUUAAAACACCUGUACCAAAGGGCAGUGGACAAGGCUUUACAGAGUCUAAAUGGACACCUGGACUUGUUUGUUCGAUUCCUCCUGGGUCUGUCACUGGAAACCAAUCAGACUCUCCUACGAGGCCUUCUGAUGAAGACAAGAAGCAUACCACAGAUCAAAGACGUGCUGGUGCAGAACAUCAAGAGGAAGAUCAGGGACAAUCCCUCUCCAGAGAGAAGCAUCAAUCUGUUUCACUGUCUGAAUGAACUAAAUGACCAUUCUCUAGUGGAGGAGAUCCAACAGUAUCUGACAUCAGGAAGCUUCAGUGAAAACAAACUCACUCCUUCUCAGUGGUCAGCACUCGUCUUCAUCUUACUGUCAUCGCAGAAAGACCUGGAUGUGUUUGACCUGAAGAAGUUCUCUGCUUCAAAGGAGGGACUUCAGUGGAUGCUGCCAGUGAUCAAAGCAUCCAAAACGUCUCUGCUGAGCAGCUGUAACCUCUCAAGGAGAAGCUGUGAAGUUCUGGCAUCAGUUUUAACCUCCAGUGCCUGUUGUCUGAGAGAGCUGGACCUGAGCAACAAUGACCUGCACAAUGAAGGAGUAAAGCUGCUCUCAGAGGGACUCAAGAGUCCACAGUGUCGGCUGGAGACUCUUGGGUUGUCAGGAUGUCUGAUCAAAGAGGAGGGCUUUGCUUUCCUGGCUUCAGCUUUGAGCAACAACCCUUCACACUUGAGAGAGCUGGACCUGAGCUUCAACCAUCCAGGAGACUUAGGACUGAAGCUGCUGUCUGGUGAUCUGCGGGACCUCAACUGGAAACUGAAAACUCUCAAGACUGAUCAUUGUGGAAAGAUCAGACUGAAUCAAGCUCCCCUCAGGUAUUUCUGCGAGCUCACACUGGACCCAAACACAGCAGACAGAAACCUCCAACUAUCCAAAGACAACAAAGAGGUUGUAGUGGUGCAGGAGAAGCAGCCGUAUCCUGAUCAUCCAGAGAGGUUCGACAUCUGGAAGCAGCUGCUGUGCAGUGAUGGUCUGCCUGGACGCUGCUACUGGGAGGUCCAGUGGAGAGGACGGGUUAGAAUCGGAGUGAGCUACCGAGGAAUCAGGAGGAAGGGAGGCAGCGAUGAAUGCUGCAUCGGAUGGAACCAUCAGUCCUGGAGUCUGUACUGCUCAGCUCAGGGUUUCACCGCCUGGCACAAUAACACACCGACAGACAUUGCAACAUCUCCACCCUCGGGCUCUAACAGAGUAGCGGUGUAUGUGGACUGGGCUGCUGGUACUGUGUCCUUCUACUGUCUGCCCUCCAUAGUCUCCUCCAUCAGACGGAUCCACCUCCACACCUUCCACUGCACCUUCACCGAGCCGCUCUACGCUGCCUUCGGGUUUGGACGAGUUCUGGAGUUUGGAAGCGACUCCAUGUUGUUACCAUCCUCAGUGGCUCUGUCUCAGGUUGAUGAGUGAAUGUUGCCUCUUGUGUAGAAAUGUGGUUCCUGCAGUGGGCACAAGGUUCCUGCAAGUUUCAAUUCCAUUUUAUUCUGCUGUACAUAUUGAAGUAUGUUUCACCACAUCCACCCAUCCAUCCAUUAUCUAUACACCGCUUAAUCCUCAUUAGGGUCGUGGGGGACUGGAAUCUAUCCCAGCUGACUUAGGGUGAAGGCAGGAGGCACCCUGGACAGGUCACCAGUCUAUCACAGGACUACAUAUUGUGAUGACCCUGCACCUGGACAACAGGUGUGCCUGUUCCAGUCGUCACCUGAUUGAGCCACACCUGCGAUCUAGUGGCUCAGCUGCACUUAAUCUCUCCUAUUCCAUUCAAGCUGGCUCUCUGACAGGAGCUGCUGCUGGUGGAGCUCCAGCAGCAAUGAUUCUGGGUUUUGGUUUUUAAUGCCCAUUUGGUUGUUUUUGCAUGGCAAUAAAGUUUUUAGUCACCA